AAAUUCUUAAACCCCCAAAUUUUCCCUCAACCAUCAUCUUCACUCCGAUUCCGAUAUACUUUCUCUCUCUAAACUACACCAGACUGCAAUUCAGAAACGGCGUAGAAGAUUCUGUUCAUAUCAGAAUUGCAGCUAAUCAAGUCAAAAAAAUGUCUCACAAUCAUCCGCCACACAGCGGCUAUGGCAAUAUUCCGGUGAGCGAAGUGUACUGGAAUCUGGUGUCCAAGGCCGAUAAAAAGUUUUCUAAGAUCCGCGAUUUGCCUUACUAUCAACGCACCAGAUAUGAUACGUACUUCUAUAAAGUUUUUAAGGUCUACACGCAGCUCUGGAAGUUCCAGCAAGAGAAUCGGCAGAAGUUGGUGGAGGCUGGGAUUAAGAGAUGGGAGAUUGGGGAGAUUGCCUCUAGGAUUGGCCAGCUCUAUUUCGGACAGUAUAUGAGGACUGGUGAGGCCAAUUAUUUGGCAGAAUCUUACAUAUUUUACGAAGCUAUUUUGACCAGGGAGUACUUCAAGGAUGGGCUGUAUCAAGAUGUCAGUCUUGCUAGUAAGCAGUUGAGGUUCUUUGCUCGUUUUCUGACAGUUUGUUUGGUCUCGAACCGCCGAGAGAUGGUGUAUCAGUUGGUAAAUCAGCUUAAAAUGUUGCUUGAUGAGUGCAGAAGGACCUUCCAGGAAACUGACUUUAAAGAAUGGAAGAUUGUCAUUCAGGAGAUAAUGAAAUUCCUGAAAGCUGACACAGCUUUUAUGAAUCUCAGGCCUUUGAGAUACAGUGUUGUAUUGGACCUUCACCCAGAUUGUCUCCCACAUGUUACAGAUGUGAAGAGAAAACUAAGGCUAAAAGAUGCGUUAGUAUGCAGUUACCAUCCUAAUGAGGUCAAAUUUGCAGAACUCACACUCGACACCUUUAGGAUGCUACAAAAUUUGGAGUGGGAACCCAGUGGCUCUUUUUAUCAAGCAAACUUGGUUCCCUCCACUGGGCUUGGAUCUGGUGCUGGCCAAAAUGGAGCAUCAGGGCCUAGUCGUGUCAAUCAGGAUAUUACUGAUCCAACUUUGCCGCCUAACCCAAGGAAAGCCAUCCUAUUUCGUCCAUCUGUCACCCAUUUCAUGGCGGUCUUAGGGACAGUCUGCGAGGAGCUUCCUUCUGAUGGAAUACUCCUAAUAUACCUUUCAGCUUCAGGAAACAGCUCACAUGUAAUUUCAUCUCCAACUCGUGCAGGAAGUUCUAUUGGUUACACUGAAAGCUUAGUGAGGGGCUUUCAGCAUCAUUCAAUCAACUCUGACUCCAGUACAACCAGUCCUGGAAGUGAUAGUGUGGAGUCUGGGGACCAUUCUGGGUAUGCUGCUGAUUGCCUACAUAUUGGACCUCAUGGACCUGGAGGAGGUAUGAACUGCAUAUAUCCCUCGGACAUAUUGCCCUUCACCAGAAGGCCCCUUUUUCUAAUUGUUGACAGUGAUAAUAGUAAAGCAUUCAAGGCUAUGAGUGGUGCAGAAAAAGGAGAACGUGCUGCUAUUCUACUUUCUCCAGUAACAUCACCUACUGUAGAAUCAUCUCAGCGAUCUAGUGGUAGCUUGUUCACCAGUUUUCUCACAACUCCUAUACAGACAUUUGCCCUGUUGGUUGGGUUUACUGGCUAUCAUGUUGAAAAGGACCUGGCUAAUAGAGGAGAGCAAUUGUUCCAGUCCUCAAUAAAUAAAUUGGGAUCAUUAUUGGCUGUGGCUGAUAGUCUUGAUCCUGUCUGGGCUCAAAUUUUAACUGAUCCAUUCUUGAGGCGACUCCUUUUGAGAUUUAUCUUCUGUCGAGCAGUAUUGUCACUCUUCGCUCCAUCCAUGGAUAAGAUAGAGUGUUUGCCAGAGUGUAUGCCAUGUCUUCCAGAAGUCAUGUCACCAAUGGGUUCCGCAUGCCAAGAAGUGGUCUUAAAUGUUGCCAACUUGUUCGGAGUAACCAACAAGUUUGUAUUCUCCAAGGGAACAUUGCCUGCUGAUGAUUCAACCGAGAAGACCGGAAGCACGUAGGCCCUUCCUUUACCUUGUCUGAUUGUUUCUGAUGAUCCGUCCUUGUGUUGGCUUCUAAGACUGAUGCUCGGUAUAAGCAUCCAUCUGGGAGCAGAGAAUGAAGGUGUUAUAUAUCUGGUUACACAUAGAAGAACAAGAUAGUAGUCAAUAUAUCCUGUGUUGUUCAAUUGUUGUCAUCAUCUUACACAAUUGUCUCCAUCUCGUGUUUGGCUUGAAAUUUGGUAAUAGUCACAUUUUCAAGUGAUUUGAUACUUGGAUUCGGAAUGGAAAAUGAAACCAAGUUGUGCACCUUUCUGUUAAGCUUCUUUUAUACCAAAAAGUUUGUGAUAGUAUGCACUCCCUCUUCCUAUGAGUGUUUCUAUUUCGCCAUUUUAGUUUGCCUCUUCAAGUGUUUUCAUUCUACUUUUCGAAACUAAGCAUGCCUAUAAAUCCUUCUACUUUUUGGUAAGUAGUAAUAUGAGUUUUGUGGCCAUAUUUACACCUCUUGUGCAUUUAUAUGUCUAAAAUAUCUGGAUGCAGAUGGGGUCAAUUUUAGUUAUUGCAAUAGUUAGGCUAAUUUUAGUUACUAAUCAAUGCAUACAAAUAUUGGAGAGAAAUUAGACUCAGCAGUGGUGCGCCAUGUGCAUCGUGAGGGGAAUUUUGCGGCGCACUUCUUAUCACAUCGUACCUACAACUUUGGUCGGGGUGUGCAUGCUUUCAAUCAACCACCAUGAGGUCUUAAUAUUUGGCUCUUUCAUGAUAGACUAGACAUUUCAUAUUGUCGUUAGUUUAUUUUCAACUCAAGUUUAAUCUGCUUUCUUCUUACAAAAAAAAAAAUCUAGUUGCAUUGAUGACUCGAGGUCUCUCAAAUAUUGGAUAAGAAGUAAACCAAUUUUGAAUAUUUGUCUUGUUUUACAGGCAAAUAAAUAAAGGAAUAUAUAAUCCAUCUAUUAAAAUUGAAGAAAACGUAGUACAUGAAAAAAUCUAUGUAUCCACUUGUACUCUCCAUUUGGAGAAAAAGUUGAGAAUUUGAGGCCAACAAACCGACCAAACAGAAAAAGACAAAAAAUUGGCGUGAAAUCCAGAGGUCUUCCAUAGUCAUCCCGAACUUGUUUGUGUAAUCACCGAAGGGAAUAUGAACUCAUGGCGUAAUUGCAAUUUCCGAAACCAGGAUGAAGCUUCUCUAGAAUCUGGUCCACCUCAUCAAGAUGACAAAGAUCGACCCUCGAAGACAUGCAUAUUUGGUGCAGAGAAUAAAAAACCUAUCCUAAUUGACGAAAUGCUGCAGCUGAAGGAGUCGUGUUCUAGCUUUCACAAUCAGGAUUAUGAUGAAAAGAUGGAGGAGUUGCAGUCUUAUGUUGAUAUGCUGAGUGAAAUAAAUGGCAGGUGAAGAGAUUCACAAGACCUGGUUGUUCCGCAGAAACUUUGGAUGUUGCGUUGAACUCCAUUUCCUCCCUUGUCGACACACUGUCAGCCAUGUCUUCCAAACAGCAUUUUCUUCACGCAGCACUUUGACAAAACCAGAUAGCACCUUCGCCAUUGCCAAAACCUUACAUAUCUGCCACUUCCCUUCUCUGUCACAAUUCUGGGAUCUUAUAUUUUGAAAAAUUUAUAUUUUAUCUUAUA